UCCCUUUCUGGUGUCGGCACCGAGAGCUCAGUACAAUUUUACACUCCAAGCAGAACGCACACGCCUAGAACUCUCUCUCCUAAUAUUUUGUAAAUUCUCAGAUUAUUCUGACAGUAAUCCAAGCAACAAAACAUGUCCAAGACUGAGGUCCACACUCAAGGCCCGGUGGCGCCCGCUGCUGCUUCCCGCGCUCCGCUCUGGCGCCCCGUGGUGCUGCAUUAUCCGAAGAAGCUGCUGCCCCAUGGACAGAUGCGUCGUCGCGACUUGGCAUUUGGCUACCCGGCCGCCUACGAGUCGGCGAAGCUUCGCUGCGGUCUGGUCCAGCCCCAUGCCUUCGACCAUGACCGCCCUGGCCAAUACUGUCCGGAUUGUCAGUGCAACAAGGACCGCAACCAUGGUGGCGGUGACAUGUCGGACAAUGUGUCCCAGUGCUCGCGCAUGUCCCGGGCCUCAAGGCGCUCCAUCCGCUCCACAAAAUCAAAGCGCGGCAAUGGCAAAGGCAAUGGCGACGGCAAGGACGACGGGGAUAAUGAUUCUCAAGUCAGCCAUCGUAGCGAUAACUCUGUGAAGACUGUGAUAUCCACGGCCACAGUGAAGAGUGGCCACAGCAAGAGAUCCCCGUCCCAGGAGACCAUCAAGUCCAAUGCCACAAUCAAGUCCAAUGCCACAGUCAAGUCGAGUGCUUCAAUCAAGUCGAGCCUCUCAGUCAAGUCCAAUGCGACAGUCAAGUCAAGCGCUACUGCCACGUCGAGUGCCAAUGAUGUCAAGUACAAGACAAACUCUGUCCAUGCCAAGCCAAGUCGUCACUCUCCCGGUGAGAUAAUGCCACAGCCAGGUGCUAAGCCCCAGCCCCAGUCCCAGUCGCAGGAGAAGGACACACAGUCUGGCUACGAGAACUACGCUCCCAUGACGAGCACGGAGCGCAAGGCUGCCAUCGAGGAGGCUCGCUUCAAGUACAGCAAACUGAUCGCCGAGUACAACCACAUGCCCGUGUCCGUGCCCACGCUGCGCGUGCGCAAUCGCAAGAUCGAGAUCGAACGGGAGCUGGACGAGCUGGACUACAGCAUCAACAUGUUCGAUCAGCCGAACAUCAAUGUCUACCUGCGUCGUUAGCUUUGUUUUCGUCUCUUUUCUCCUCAUAAUUGUAUUCCAAAUUUGAUUAUUUUCCCAACAAAGACACACAUUCAAUAUACAGAAGAUGACUAAGAGGGUACUAAGGUGCCACACACUGACACGAAGCAAAAACCAAACAACAGCUGCAAUAAGCCACACGUAAAAUGCA